UCCUCGUAGUUGACGAGCUGCUGCCGGUUUCUGUCUCCUUGUCGCGGCCUGCGUUGUUUGACCCGGCGCGGCGCCCCUAAGGAAAGUGACACUGAGCCCGGCACUGGGACAUGGGAGGCAGCGGCAGCACGCGGAGAGUCUCGUUCGAGGCCGACGAGAAUGAUAACAUCACGGUGGUGAAGGGAAUCCGGCUGUCUGAUAAUGUUAUCAACCGCAUGAAAGAGCCAUCUUCUCCUGUUCCCACGACUCGGCCUCCAUCUCAGCAAAAAACACCUAUUAGUGACCCAAUCUCUCCUACAUAUGCAGUUAAUGAAGAAGAACUACGAAGAAAGAUUGCAGAGGAGCUGGCUUUAGAACAAGCAAGAAGGGAAUCUGACAAUCAAAAGAGAUUGGAGCAAGGCAAAUUACUGGUGCAGGAUGAACUUGGGAGAGCUUUAGAGCGAGAGCGAGCGUCCUCCACAGAGCAACUCACCAGGGCUGUGCUGCGAGAGAAAGCAGCCACCGAGGAGGAGCGUCUCAAAUCGAAGACCUUUGCAAAGAAGCUGGAGGAGAAGGAGCGAGAACUAAAGAAACAGGAUGCUUACUACAAGGAUCAGCUGGCCAGACUGGAAGAGAGGAGCGCUCAGUUUUACAAAGUUACCACCGAAGAAUACCAGAAGGCCGCCUCUGACGUGGAAACUAAAUUCAAGAGGUAUGAGGCUCAUCCAAUUUGUGCUGACCUGCAGGCGAAGAUUCUCCAGUGCUAUCAGCAGAACCCACAGCAGACGCUGAGCUGCUCUGCAUUGGCCAGGCAGUACCUGCAGUGUGUUAACAGCGCCAAACAGACCAUGCUUGGAAGAGGCGGCUAGACCCUGCGUGUUCAUAAUAAUGAAGCAUAUCUGGGCUUGUUGUGACGGGAGGCUGCACAAUAUCCAAUGGAAGUGAAUGCAUCAAAGAAAGUAGUAGUAUGUCCUCACACUUAUGUAUGCACUACCUGUCAUCCCCUAUCCGCUGAAGGAACCUGUAUACAUUUAUAUUCCGGAAUACGGGUUUGUGAGCACCCCAGUGCUCCUGCUAUUAUGCAACAGAUUCUCUGACUAUGACCUGUUUUCAUUUACCAAGUGUAAAAUCGUGAUUACAUCCCAAAGCAUUCUCUCGUUUAACCUUUCUGUUAAAAUGAUGUCUCUGGUGCCGCUUUUAUUUAAGGAGAAAUUGCAGCUCUAUCUGCUGUGCUGUACUGUUGCAUAUCAGUACAUGUGCACUAUUUGACUUUCACACCUGGAUUCCUAAUUAAAUAAAUAUAUUUUCUGAAUGAGA